AAUCAGCACACCCAAUUCCGGCUGCGCCUAGAUUAUUUCAUCCGAUCGACCCGUAAUCCCGCUGCAUCCUUGCCUCUUCCGUGGUUUCUAGGUCAUCGAUUCUCCGUACCUGCUUUUGCGCGAAUACUCUCACUUUAUCAUCGAUCAGGAUGUCGGACGAGGCACCUUUUAGACCGAGAGAACAGCUCAUUGAGAAGCAAAGAUUGUUUCAAAGCAUCCACAAACACACUCAUCUGAAAGGUCCUGUGGACAAGCUCACAUCCGUUGCCAUUCCUCUCGCUCUCGCGGGUUCUUGUUUGUUUCUCAUUGGACGGGGAAUCUAUAACAUGUCUCAUGGAAUCGGAAAGAAAGAAUGAGAAUCUGAAGUUUUUUCCCCAAUGAAGGCACAUAAACAGUUUACUACUUUUGAAUUCCCUUUUCGUAUUAGACUCUCGCGUUGUUCGAGUUUCUGGUUUUAUGAACUUUGAAUAAUUAUGUGGUAGCAGACGUGUUGCUAGCAACGGUGGUCUGAUAUCGGUCAUCAUUUAUUUGUUUGGCAGCGGGUUGAACCUGCACCGCUGCAUUUUGACGUUAUAUUUUCUGUUCUUUUAGCAUGAAUGUGAAUGGUAAGGGCUUAGCUUGAUGGCCA